CGGCUUUGAAUGUUUACAUUCGUGAACGCCCGGAUCGAGUUCAUGCGAUAAAAACAUUGACGAAGGUGGUGUUCAUCCAGCCAGUUUCCGAUUCACAUUUGAUAAGCGAAUGUAGUGUUUUUGGCAUAAUUUGUCUAGUUUGUUCUGAUAAAAGUGAUAAAUAACACACAAUGAAAUACUUGUUGUGUUUUGUAUUUCUGGCCUUCGUUGCCCUACCGAACUGCCACGGAACACUAUCGCCAUCGGAUACCAAGAAAGCCAAAAAGACGAAAGAGCUGAAAGUCAAACAGGGCCCUCAGCCUACAAACGUCGUCGAGCGCGGUUUGGUUCAGGAAGAACCUUCGGCCAAAGAUAUCCUGGUCGAAAAUGGUGCCUACCACGAGGCUACCGACCAAAAACACUUCGAAGGCAACGUCCUGGGCUAUGUGACUCCGUGGAACAAUCACGGAUAUGACGUGGCCAAAAUUUGGGGUGGCAAAUUCAACUGGGUUUCGCCGGUUUGGUUGCAGAUUUUACGGAAAGGUCCCAAGCAGUACGAGCUGGGUGGGGCUCAUGAUAUCGAUGCUGGUUGGGUUAAGGACGUUAAAAAAGCGGGUGAAGGGAUCCAUAAUCGAGUUGUCCCUCGAGUACUAUUCGACCGAUUUACCGAUAAAGACUUUUCUCAGUUACUGACAUAUCCGGAGGAACGUUCCAUAGCUGCCAAAAUGAUCCUGUCCACCGUCAGGAAGUACAAAUUCGAUGGAAUUGUGCUGGAAGUUUGGUCCCAGCUGUCGGCUAGAGUCGACGAUGAUUAUCUCGUUGCGCUAGUGACGGAGAUCUGUUCGACCCUGACCGGAGCUGGGCUGGAUUGCCUCCUGGUUGUUCCUCCGGCUCGCAAGGAAACCUACGAUCUAUUUUCGAGGAAGCACUUUGAAGCGUUGAAUCCGGUUGUCAGUGCCUUUUCGCUAAUGACCUACGACUUUUCGAGCGUGCAGCGACCUGGAGCCAAUGCUCCUCUGUAUUGGGUGAAAAAUGCCGUAGAACAUAUCUGCCCGGACUCGGCCGAUAAUUUGAAAGAGAAACGAGCCAAGAUUCUGCUCGGGUUGAACCUGUACGGAAGCGACUAUACUCCCAAUGGAGGACAACCGAUCGUUGGUCACCAAUAUUUGUCAUUGUUGAAGAACUUGAAAGGACAUCUGACGCAUGAUGAGCACGAUAGGGAGAACUUUUUCGAAGUGAAAACAUCAAACGGACGUCACAUGGUGUUCUAUCCGACUCUGUAUUCCAUCAAUGAGCGAUUGAAUUUGGCCCGGAAACUUGGGACGGGAAUUUCCCUUUGGGAGCUGGGUCAAGGAUUGGAUUAUUUUUACGAUCUUUUCUAGUCAUUCGAGUCAUAGCAGUAGUGGAGCUUUUCAUUGCCUUAGCACAAAUAAAUAGAAAUCUUAGAAGCUUUCCCUUUUAAAAGUUAAGUGAACAAUAAAAAAUAACGCAUAAUGAUA